ACCAAGUACACCCGUUCUCUCCACAAUACACAGAGGAAGCCAGAACCCCAAGGCCGUCCAAGUCUUCCUCCCUCUCUCGGCUCGGCUCUGCUCUUCCCGUCUCGUGUCUGUGUGUUUGCGAGAAAUAGAAACCGGCGAGGAUCGAUGGGCCAGAGGUUCAGGUUCUUCUGCUGCGGCUGCGGGGCCAAUGCGGCCGACGGCGACAUAGAGGUCGACGACGAGUCGGAGUGCGGCGGGAGCAAAGGGGGCGAGGAGGUCGGGACGCGGCAGCUGUCGUGGGCGCAGGUGGAGAGGAUGACGGGCGGGUUCACCUCCGCCGUGGUCGGCGAGGGCGGGUUCAGCACCGUCUACCUCGCGCGCCUCUCCGGCGCCCUCGCCGCCGUCAAGGUCCACCGCAGCAGCGAGCGCAUCCACCGCGUCUUCCGCCAGGAGCUCGAGACGCUCCUCCGCAUCCGCCACCCGCACAUCGUCCGCCUCCUCGGCUUCUGCGAGCAGCAAGAUGAGGGCGUGCUGGUGCUGGAGUUCGCGGCGAACGGAAACCUGUACGAGAAGCUCCACGGCGGCGGCAAGGCCGCGGGGGCGAUGCCGUGGUCGCGGCGGGUGUCGGUGGCACUACAGGUGGCGCAGGCGCUCGAGUACCUGAACGAGCGGUGCGAGCCGCAGGUGGUGCACGGCGACGUGAAGGCGUCGAACGUGCUCCUGGACGCGUCCAUGUCCGCCAAGCUCUGCGACUUCGGGUCGGCGCGGAUGGGGUUCUCCGCGGCCGUCCGCCCGCGGUCGUCGGCGCACACCAUGCUCGGCUCCCCGGGCUACGUCGACCCGCACUACAUCCGCUCCGGCGUGGUCACCAAGAAGACGGACGUGUACAGCUUCGGGGUGCUGCUCCUGGAGCUCCUGACCGGCAUAGAGGCCUUCUGCCCCGUGGAGGGCCGGCUGCUGACGGCCGUCCUCGCCCCGCGGCUCAAGGCCGCCUGCGACGCGCGGAUGCUGGUCGACGAGCGGCUCGGGAGCGCGUACGACGCGGGCGAGGCAUCCGCCGUGGCCGCGCUGGCGGCGUCGUGCGUGGGGCAGAACCCCAGCCUCCGCCCGUCCAUGGGCGACGUGGUGCGCACGCUGGAGCAGAGCGCGCAGGGGUCCAUCCUCGCCGCGGGGAGAGGAUCGGACGGCCAGGGGAAGCUGUGAUUCACGAGGACCGUAGGCGUUAGAUCCGGAUUGGCCAGCUGUAACCUGUGAUGAUGGUGUGAGCUGCACACAUGGAGCCUCGGUACAGGCCGAGGGCGAACAAAGCGGUAGUAGUGGGCGAGCAUAUCGAAAAGCCAUCGAAAGAAAAGGCGUGGGGAAAAAGAGUCGAUUUGGAAGAGAAAAAGGGUAGGGUUUGUGCUGAUGGGGAAUUUCGAUGACAUUACAUGCCAAAGUGGCAGUGAUUUGGGUGUGUGUGAGAGAGAGGAAAAAGACUAAAACAAACUGGGGUCGUCCAUUCUGCGAUUCUAAAGAUUUUGGUGAUUGUUUGGUUGGUUUGUAAGAAGUACAUUGAGUGUUCUUGCUGCUGUUCAAAGUUCGUUCGUUUUGUUUGUGGUUCGAGCAAGUCACCGGGCUUCUACCUGUGACGGGUUUGACAGCCUUUCUCUCCGUAAUAUACAAUUGUUGUGCUGCGGUGCGAAUUUA